AUGCAACAUUCAUGUUCACAUACAUGCCAACAUGUUGAUGAAACAAAUGUUGGUCAAUGGAAUUUAUAUACAAAAAUUGAUAAAUAUAAUUUACAAUGUUAUAAUGAAAAACAUGAUGGUUCCGGUAAAGAUGUAUUUCGAGCAUGGGAAGAACGACUUGAUCGAUCAAAAGUAGUUGAAAGUGAUGAUGAACAAGAAUUACUUUUCAGUAUACCAUUUAAUGGUGCUGUAAAAAUAACUGGCCUAUGUGUUAUUGGUGAAAAUGGUUCAUCACAUCCAAAUACAGUUAAAUUUAAUUUACCUGAAUUACGUUUUGAUAAUGCACAUGGAAAAGCUCAUCAAGAAAUUUCACUUACAUAUGAUCCAUUCGGUACAUUAGCUUAUCAAGUCAAUCCAUCACAUUUUUCACGUGUAACACAUUUAUCUUUAUAUUUUCCUUCGAAUUUCGAUGAUGAAACAACUCGUAUUUAUUAUAUUGGUCUUCGUGGUGAAUAUCUUGGUGAAGUAAAAUCUGAAGUAGUCAUUACAACGUAUGAAGCUAGACCACAAUUAAAAGAUCACAAAGUGGAUGAUUUUUUAACAAGCAAUCGUGAAAUACAAUAA